CAAACUAUUUCCCCUGGCGUCGGCAAGAGGAGACCGUGUUGCUCUCGCGUCGCUUCCAGUUGUUGGUCCCUCAGGGAUUGCCGCAAACGACGAGUGUCUCCGCCCCCACACCCAUCCCCAUCUUCCCACAUCUUCUUGAUUUCAACGCCCCACCAAGAACCCAAAAGGAGUUCGAAACUUAAAACCCCACUGAGUCGUUCUGCAAUCUUCUGCUGAUCACGUGUUUAAUGCCAGAUUUGCCCAGACAACAUCAAUCCGACCCCAAAGCGAACUUUUUGGCAACAGUCCCUUUUUGGGUGUGGCCAACGGAGAAAGGAAGGGAGGUAAAGGGAAGUCUUUUCGCUUGGGAAGAGCCAAAUCUGGGACAGUGAGGCCGUGCCUUGCUCGUUUUGGCGAAUUUGGUUCAAUGGGUUUCGUUCUUGGACUCGUGCUGGGGAUCACUCUGGGGCUCGCUCUCAUCAUCGGGUUCGUGAAAUCGGAGAAUGCCCGAUCCAAGCGUCGCUCCCAGCUCGCGACUGCGAUUGCGGCUUUUUCCAGGAUGACAGUGGAGGAUACAAGGAAGAUCUUGCCAGCUGAAUUUUACCCUCCUUGGGUCGUCUUCUCUCAGAGGCAGAAGUUGACCUGGCUCAAUUCUCACCUGACCAAGAUCUGGCCUUAUGUUGAUGAGGCAGCAUCUGAGCUGAUAAAGGCUAGUGUUGAGCCCAUUUUGGAACAAUACACGCCUGUUAUAUUAUCGUCCCUCAAGUUCUCCAAGUUUACUCUGGGUACCGUGGCUCCACAGUUUACAGGAGUUUCAAUUAUUGAAGAUGGGGGUGGUGGUGGUGUGACUAUGGAGUUGGAGAUGAAUUGGGAUGGAAAUCCGAGCAUUAUACUGGACAUAAACACUAGACUUGGAGUAGCACUACCUGUGCAGGUAAAGAACAUUGGAUUUACUGGGGUUUUCAGGUUGAUCUUUAAGCCGCUUGUGGAUGAGUUUCCUUGCUUCGGAGCUGUCUGUUUUUCUCUCAGAGAAAAGAAGAAGCUGGAUUUGACAUUAAAAGUCGUGGGCGGAGACAUAUCUACAAUUCCAGGAAUCUCCUCUGCGAUUGAGGACACAAUACGUGAUGCUGUUGAAGAUUCAAUUACAUGGCCUGUUAGGAAGGUUAUUCCUAUACUGCCAGGGGAUUAUAGUGACCUAGAGUUAAAGCCUGUUGGGAUGUUGGAAGUGAAACUUGUUCAAGCAAAGGAGUUAACAAACAAGGACUUCGUUGGGAAAUCAGAUCCUUACGCUGUGUUGUAUGUCAGGCCUCUUCGUGAUAGAAUGAAAAAGAGCAAAACAAUUAACAAUGAGUUGAAUCCAGUCUGGAAUGAACACUUUGAAUUUAUAAUUGAGGAUGCAUCCACUCAGCACUUGGUGGUAAAAAUAUAUGAUGACGAGGGAUUUCAGGCGGCUGAGUUGAUUGGGUGUGCUCAAGUAAAGCUAAAUGACCUUGAACCAGGUAAAGUGAAGGAUGUGUGGUUGAAGCUGGUCAAAGACUUGGAAAUCCAAAGAGAUAAUAAAUACAGGGGGGAGGUGCAUUUGGAGUUGCUGUACUGUCCCAACGGGAUGGAGAGUGGUUUUACCAAUCCGUUCAAGCGCGAUGUUUCGAUGACCUCUUUGGAGAGGGUUCUAAAAGGUGGAGCGAAUGGUUUUGAAGUUACUGAAAAUGGAAACGGUGUUAUGCCGAAAAAGAGGGAUGUUAUUGUCAGAGGAGUACUUUCUAUCACUGUGAUAUCCGCCGAAGAUUUACCACCCACAGAUCUGAUGGGCAAAGCGGAUCCGUAUAUCGUAGUGAGCAUGAAAAAGUCCGGAAUGAGAAAUAAAACCAGGGUUGUGAAUGACAGUUUAAACCCUGUUUGGAAUCAGACAUUUGACUUUGUUGUAGAAGAUGGCUUACAUGAUAUGCUGAUUAUAGAAAUCUGGGAUCACGACACAUUUGGGAAGGACUACAUGGGAAGAUGCAUAUUGACACUGACUCGAGUCAUAUUGGAAGGGGAAUACAAAGACAGCUUCCCCCUGGACGGAGCCAAAUCUGGAAAACUGAAUUUGCACCUUAAGUGGAUGGCACAGCCGAUUUACCGGGACUCAUGAUAAAUUUCUCCGUCCUGCCCAAGGGAUCGAAAAUUUUUGGCCUGUGAAGACUGGGACGAUGAGCUUCCCAGAUACGUUAAAGAAGAAAAUAGCGGCAAUCAUUUAGUGGUAAGCUGAUCAAUAAAGGGUGUGGUUGGGGGGGCUGAUGGAGCUAAUGAACGGUAUACUGGUGUAAAUAAUCUCUUUAGAAAGGACUGGUAUGUUGUAGAUUGCUGGGGUUUCAUCGGAAAUACAUAGACAGUUCGGAGAAAAAUAAUGAGAUUUUGAGACCCCAUACCACGCCCGACCGUCUUUCAUUUUUUUUUUUAAUCUCCAUUAUAAGUUUGACAUCGUAUUGCUGUUUUAUUCUGGUAACUAUGCAUGCCCUUUUGGGUCA